GCGGCAGGUGCCACCACCACGCUGGGUGACGUUGACACCAGCACGGCGGGCAACGCUGCCACACCGGGUGAUGCGGCCACACCGGUGACACCAGCUGACGCUGCCACGCCGGGUGACACCAUCGCACUGGGUGAGACCAGCACGCCGGGUGACACCGCCGGGGUGGCACGCCAGAGGAAAGGGCGAAGCGAGCGCCCACGGCUGCCUGGCCGUGCUCCAGCUCCGUAGUAGCAGCCGGCACCCUGCCUCACCCCAACACUCCUGCAUCCAGAGGAGGCUUCUCGCGCCGCUCCCGAAGGCGACGCUGCCGGUGCCGAGCCGAGGACAGCCUCGCCACGCGUCCUCAUCGCCAUAGGGUCCAUGGCCUGAGGAUCCCGGCCAGGCUGAGCGAAACCUGCCUCCUCCGGGAGAUGCCGGGGCCCCCGCGGAACCGCCAAGGUGCAACUUUCUGCUGCAUCGAAGCCUCUCUGCCUUCAUUAUGUAACGCGGCUGCUGCCUGGCACGGUGCUCGCCUCCACGUCCUGCACAACUUCAGUGCAAUGUGGAAUUUAUUUCCACUCUUCUGGACUGGCUCUGCUGGUUAUUAGCUGAUGAGCCUUUUCUUGGAUCUCAGGCCAGGGGUGCUUUAUGCGACUACCUGCCUCGGCGCAGGGCCUCAGCGCUGCAUGCAACUGGACUAGAAGGGUGACGGCACCGACCGGCCCAGCAGCAAGUCCUGGCCACACAGGGUCCGCUGGGAGCGGUGCUGGCAUUUGGGGCCCUGCGAGGCUGCUGCCGGCACAACCCAUGCGGAAGAGCCUCCCUCCAGCACUGACUUUCAGGAUGAUCAGCCUGGGAGCACCGGCAGAGACCUUCCAGGCACGUUGCUGUUGACCCGCAGCACUGGGACCCCCGGGCAGCUUGGCUGCCUGCCUCCCCAGGAGCUGCUGGCUGCUGCUGCCAAUGAAGAGCCCGCAGGCGUGCAGGAGAGAGCCACAGCUCUGCUUCCCCAUGGCAGCCCCUUCCCCCCGUGCCCUGGCUGAGCUGCAUGGUGUGGGUGCCUCUGAGGACCACAAGGACUGACCGCCGGGCCCCACUGUGCGCACCCACCGCCCGCUUCACCACCAUGUCUUUGGAGUGGCUGAUGGACUGGAGCUGGUCCCUGGAUGGACUCCGAGAUUUCAUCGCCACCGGCAUCCAGUCUUUCCGGGACUGCGACGCCACCGCCCUUACCGCUGUCGCCUGCCUCCUGGUCCUCUUCGUGUGGUACUGCUACCACGUGGGGCGGGAGCAGCCCCGCGCCUACGCCACCGUCAACGCCCUGAUGCAGAGCGCCGAGGCCAACGGCGUGCAGAACGGGUACAUCUACUGCCACUCGCCUGAGUGUGUGCGCUGCACGCACCAUGACGGGCUCAACCAGAAACUCUACCACAACCUGCAGGAGUACGCCAAGCGCUACUCCUGGUCCGGCAUGGGCAGGAUCCACAAGGGCAUCCGCGAGCAGGGCCGCUACCUCAACAGCCGUCCGUCCAUCCAGAAGCCAGAAGUCUUCUUCUUGCCAGACUUGCCGACCAUGCCCUAUUUCUCCCGGGACGCUCAAAAGCACGAUGUGGAGUUGCUGGAGCGCAACUUCCAGACCAUCCUGUGCGAGUUUGAGACCCUCUACAAAGCCUUCUCAAACUGCAGCCUCCCGCAAGGAUGGAAAAUGAACAGCACGCCCAGCGGGGAGUGGUUCACUUUCUACCUGGUGAACCAGGGCAUGUGCGUGCCCAGGAACUGCAGGAGAUGCCCACGGACGUACCGCUUGCUCGGGAGCCUUCGCACCUGCAUUGGCAACAAUGUCUUUGGGAAUGCAUGCAUCUCUGUGCUGAGCCCGGGCACCGUCAUUGCCGAGCACUACGGACCCACCAACAUCCGCAUCCGCUGCCAUCUAGGUCUGAAGACACCCAGUAACUGCGAGCUGGUGGUGGGGGGCGAGCCUCAGUGCUGGGCUGAGGGCCGCUGCCUGCUCUUCGAUGACUCCUUCCUCCACACAGCGUUUCACGAAGGUCCCCCGGAGGAGGGUCCCCGCGUGGUCUUCAUGGUGGACCUGUGGCAUCCCAACGUUGCUGCCGCAGAGCGCCAAGCCCUCGACUUUAUCUUCGCCCCGGGACGAUGAUGGCGCUGCCCAGUGUUGUGAGUUUGAGGGCAGCCAGCGGGUGGGCGGCCGUGCCGGCUCGGCUCCGCCGCAGGUGCAGCACCGCUCGCGGACACCUGCCGCACUGGACGCUUCCUCCCAGCACACGGCCUCGGGGUCCUCCCUCCCGGCGGCUCUUGUAAAUGGAAACUGCGACAUGUAUCAACACCCAUCUCUUUCUUUCCAUCGUUGGCUUCAGGGAUUAUUUUCCAACCUGACAGCGCAUCGCCUUCCCUCUGUGGUUAGCUGCAGCACCACUCUCGUACGUGUUAUGUUGCUACUGUGUUUUGCAGUGUUCAGAAGUAGAGUAACAAAACCAAGGGUGUUUGUUUGAAUGUAAUAAUGUAAAACUUCUCGUGGUCAUCAAAAGAACAACACACACACAUGCACACACACACACUCAUACACCAAAAAGCAAACCAGCCAAGCAGCCCAGCACUGCACUCAGCCUGCCUCUGUCCCGCUUGCAGCCCCAAGAUGGACGGACGGACACUGGGGGCUGCAGCAGGCACAAAGCACCAGGUGGGGGCUGCUCAGGCUGGGGCAGACAGGGCAGCGCUCUGCCCGCAGAGAGCUCUUGCACCACAAGCCCAGGGGCUCCUGCUUCCUCCCUCGCAUGCCAGCGGCACCCUGGCACGUGGCUCCCCGGCCCUCCUGCCCUGAGAAACCUGCUUGCCACACAGGCAGGGAGACGAGCACGACGCCAGCUCCCCUGCUGCCCUCACAGCUGCAGCUGUCCCCAGCCACAGCAAAGCAGCAAGCCCAGGAGCACGCCAACGUACACCCUGUUGAAGGGACAGCACACAUCGAGCCCUGCUCUUUAAAGUGGCCAAGGGCGGUAUCAACUGCCUAAAUCCCCUCCUCGCUUUAUCUGCAACCUUCGGAUUUCACAGCCCAAGCUGGGAUGCCCCUGCAGGGGCAGGGACCCUGUUUGGGAAUGUAGCGUAGAGGGUUUUUUGGCAGUAGACAAAGGCCAGGGAAGAAAGGAGGUCACACUGCUUUCUGCGGCUCGAUCUUCUUUCCUGGAGCCAGGGCGAGUGUAUGGAGGCAGCUCACGCAUAUCUGACAGCAAAUGAAAGGUUUCCAAAGGCAGGAGGUGUUUAAUUCUGCAGCCCAAGGAACGAGCCCUCCACCCCCACAAGGAGUCCUGCCUGCCCAGCAACCAACACGCUUUUCCUGAAGUCACCCCGCAUCCAGGGUUUGUUUGGGGUUUUGGGGGUACAGAGCUACCGUACAGUUUACAACAUGCGACACGUCAAGCACAGCAUGUCGUGGAUGCUCACCACUGUCCUUGCGCCUCUGGUUGGGAAGCGGCUCCGCCGGGCUCGGUGGCCUCGGCACGGCUCUGGGGACCACUUGCCUUUGUGCCCUGCCCGGGAGGGAACGCAGCCCCGCUCCCCCAGUUUCUUUACAGAUUUUUCAGUGAUUAGAUUGCAAGAUAAGGCAGAGAUUUCAAAUACAUCCGAGAUAUUUUUUACACCUGUCUUGUUACAGAAUAUCUGAAGUGCAUGAUUUCUACACGCAUCGACUACCUGGAACCAGACCCUGAGGAAGCAGGCUGGCUUGGUAACUGUCUUACAGUUUGGUAACAUUCAUACAGUGGAUAAGCAAAGAUUAUCAAUAAACAGUUGUGCU